AUUUCCCGGGACUAAAGAUCACCGAGUCUUUCAAAAUUACGUCCAAAAGACGUAAAUUUGAACUGAGUUCGACCAGCUUUUCUUAUACUCGUGUAUGUAUGCGCACGUACACGCACGUAGAUUUUGUUGUGCUCCUCACUCGCAUGCUAUAUUGUUAAUACUCAAUUGUAGUAUCAGGCACUUCCCUUGAUGUUAAUUCACUCCAAACGUCCGAAUUCCAAUUCUCUUUUGCAGUUUCACUCUCUAGCACUCUGGCAGUUAUUUCUUACUUUAUGAAAAAACAUAACCUAACAUAAUAUAACCUAACCUAACCUAACCUAAUUGACACAAAUCCAAUUUAUACGUUCAAGACAGAAUUAUUGUGAUCGAUUCGUGGAGAAAUAAUUUUUAUACAGAAACCAAUUAUUACAGAGUUACAUAGUAAUUUGUAUACUUAUAGCGGAAGUAUUUAACAUGAUUGGGCUGUCCCGAUUAGCGCGGACCAUCACUCGUUUAACGAGAGCGAGAUUACGCUGCAGCUCGUCGAGCGGCUUGAAAGAUAAGACGAAUCUGUAUCGUCAAUUGUACGCGAAAAUACUGACAUGCGGUCCCAUAACACUUGCCGAAUACAUGAAAGAAAUCCUGAUCCAUCCCACUGCAGGUUAUUAUACAACCAGAGAUGUUUUUGGUCGAAGAGGCGAUUUCACGACUUCUCCAGAAAUCAGUCAACUUUUUGGAGAAAUUAUAGCAGUUUGGAUAAUUAAUGAAUGGAGAAAAAUCAGCAGAGAUCCUAUUCAACUUGUGGAAUUCGGUCCAGGAAGAGGCACCUUAAUCAAUGAUAUUCUCCGAGUAUUUAGGAAAUUGAAUCUUUCAAAUAAAAUAUCGAUUCAUCUAGUGGAAAUUAGUCCUGCUUUGUCUGCGAUUCAAGCAGAGAAAUUAUGCACAGAAAGCAGAGAUAUUGAACCAAGAGUGAACGAGGAUCGAGACAAUUCCGUCACGCAUUACAGAGAAGGUGUUACAAAAGAUGGAGUAAAGAUACAUUGGUACUAUUCUGUUAAUGACGUUCCUAGGAAAUUCAGUGUGUUUGUUGCACAGGAAUUCUUUGAUGCUUUGCCCAUACACAAGUUUCAGAAAACUGAUCGGGGUUGGAGAGAGAUCUUAAUAGAUAUAGUGCAGGACUCAAAUGAAGAGAGAUUUCGAUAUGUACUUUCGCAAAUACCAACGGCUGCUUGUGAAGUAUACCUAUCUCCGCACGAGAAAAGAGAUCAUGUGGAGAUGAGUCCACAAUGUUCUGUGACAAUAGACUAUGUGUCUCAAUUUUUGUGGGAACACGGAGGAUUUGCGCUGGUGAUCGAUUACGGCCACGAGAGGGAGAAAACUGACACAUUUCGCGCAUUCCGUCAACAUAAGCUACACGAUCCCUUGUUAAAUCCCGGAACCGCGGAUUUGACUGCGGACGUUGACUUUUUAUUAAUAAAAGAGAUUGCACAGAAAGACAAUAGAUUAAUCACCUUUGGCCCGGUGACACAAAGAAAAUUUCUAAAGAACCUAAACAUCGAUUUACGAUUAAAAAUGAUCUUACGGAAUGCUACUAAAACGCAAAAGGAACAAAUUGAAUCAGGAUAUCACAUGAUAACCGAUGAAGAUAAAAUGGGCAAUUGUUUCAAAGUACUAUCUCUUUUCCCUUCCGUCUUGAAGGAUCAUUUAAAAAAAUGGCCUGUAGCAGGAUUCGAGGAUGAAAGCAAAACCAAAUAAACAAAGUGUGCCAAUUAUUGUAAAGGUGUAACAAUUAUAUAUGCCUUUGACAGUGAUUGCAAUGUACGAUGCAAGUCAAUUAUACACUGAUAUCAUUGACCGGGAUAAUGCGGCCUUCAUAAAUGUCAGAAAGAUGUGAAGGGGCACGAAUGGUUCGAACACGUGAGCUUGGUAGCACGUGUAUAGCUAGUGAAAGGAACGUCACAUGCGACUUAAUAACUAAAUAAGUAAACGGUUACCGAUUAGAAGAAAUAUUACCGUUUAAUUUUAUCGAUUUGUUGUUUUUAUAUAAAUUUUAAAAUAUUCUAAGAUUCUCUUAUAAGUUUUGAAGAAAAUUGAUAAAAUCUAAAAUAAUUUAAGAACACUUUAUAAAAGAAAUUUUAUAUAUAAAUGAAAAAUUCUUCAAAAUAUUAUGAAAUAUGAGAAUUCCAUCAAGAAAAAUCGUGAUAAAGUUCGUAUCUUAAGCCACAUGUUCAUCACGUUUUUCCCUUGGAGGCUUUACGUAUAAAAUCUUACCUUUUUAAGUGAUACACGUGAGCAAAUAUACGCGGGCCUGCAAUCUCGAAGUCCUUGACCCUUUUCUUCACAAUUUUACUUUUACUUAAUAUAUCUCGCGUGUAUGUCCUAGUCCGCCCCACUUCCGUAAAUUCCUUUCGCUUUUCUGGCAUCUCGGUGAGAGCUAGAGACCGUUUCACGGGGGACCAUGAUUCAUGCGUAGAACGUAUCUUCAAUUUAUCACGCGAAAUAUCAGUAUGUGUUCGGAGUUUCUUCCAUCAUAGAACGUCCAAUUACCGAGUAAGAUCGAACAUUUUUAACGUAUUAUUCUUAAACGCAUACGGUGUACCAUUGGAUUACUAGUUAAGUGUACACAGCGUAGCUAUAAGUUUGACAGUGAAAGUUUAUUAAAAGAAGAAUCAGUUAAUAAUGUUUCAAUUAGUGAUGUUAGAUGCCAGAAACAGUGAUCG